CUGCAGUCACAGACCUUCACAGCAUAGGACCCUCAUGAGGAGACGACAUACGGACCUAUAUUAUUCUCUUAUUUUCAGAUGGACGGGGGCAAUGGGAAUAUGACAAAAACUGUUGAAAUGAUCAUUCUAUAAAUCUUGAUCUGAAAUCUAUGGGAUAUGUUUUUUGUGGUUUGGAAAUAAUUCGAGAGAGACUAAGAAACUCUGCGGCUCCAGGCUAUAGGGUUAUAACUGAGUGAACGUUUAAGCAUUUAAGACCUUUUCAAACGGAUUUUCGUUGUUUUCGUGUGGAACUUCAGUAUCUUAAAUUGUUGAGCGAGACGCCCAAGGAAUGUAGCGAUAACAUCUUAUUAUCUUAUUUCUGGUCUCCUACACGAGAAAAAGAAAAAGACCUGUCUCUACUAUGGAUAGUGCCAAGACAGCGACUCGAGCCCUACUCCUCCUGUUGAGUUUCUGUGUUUGCAGUACCUCAGGCCUCCAACAGUCUGCUCCGAGGAUACGCCUGUCUUUCAAAGAGUUGUUGGACACCAGAGCAGUCCGUCCCUUCUCCUUCUCCUUCAACACCAGUGACUACCGCAUCCUGCUGAUGGACCAGGACCAGGGCCGUCUCUACCUGGGCAGCCGGGAGUACCUGGUGGCCCUGGACAUGCACAACGUCAACAAGGAGCCCCUCAUAAUCCAUUGGCCAACCUCUGACAAGAGAAGAGGGGAGUGUCGGAUGACAGGAAAAGGAGGACAGGGUGAGUGUGCAAACUUUGUGCGUAUGAUAGAGCCAUGGAACCGCACCCACCUGUACACCUGUGGGACUGGAGCCUACCAACCCAUCUGCACCUUUAUCAACAGAGGCUGGAAGGCAGAGGACUAUGUGUUCAGGCUAGUUCCUGGAUUUACGGAAUCAGGGAAGGGAAAAUGUUCCUACGACCCUUCCCAGGAGAAUAUUGCUGCUCUUAUCGAUGGGAAUCUGUAUGCGGGGGUCCAUGUAGACUUCAUGGGGACAGACGCAGCCCUCUUUAGGACCAUGGGGGGCAGAACAACAGUCAGGACAGAGCAGUAUGACUCCAAGUGGCUCAAUGAGCCCGUGUUCAUUCAGAUCCAGCAGAUUCCUGACAGCUCCGAGAGGAAUGAUGAUAAACUCUACUUCUUCUUCCGGGAGAAGAGUCUGGAUACAGGGGGAGGGGCCAGCCCCAGUGUGUUGGCCAGAGUGGGACGAGUGUGUCUGAAUGAUGAGGGGGGUCAGAAGUCCCUGGUGAACAGAUGGACCACCUUCCUCAAAGCCCGCUUGGUGUGCUCUGUGAUCGGAGACGAUGGGGUGGAGACCUUGUUUGACGAAUUGAGGGAUGUUUUUAUCCAGCCAACGCAAGAUGAACGCAACCCUGUGGUCUAUGCCCUCUUCACAACUGCUGGCUCUGUGUUCAAGGGCUCAGCAGUCUGCGUGUACUCCAUGACUGACAUCCGCAACGUCUUCAAUGGACCCUUCUCCCACAAACAUGGUCAUAACUACCAGUGGACAGUUUACACCGGCAAGAUUCCUUACCCUCGCCCUGGCACAUGUCCAGGAGGAACAUUCACCCCGGGCAUUCGCACCUCUAAGGACUUCUCAGACGAGGCAGUGAACUUCAUGCGAGCCCAUCCCCUCAUGUACCACCCUGUGUACCCUAUCCACCGUCGCCCCCUGGUGGUGAGGACCGGGGUGGACUACCGCUUCACAGCCCUGGUGGUGGACCAGGUGGACGCCGUGGACGGCCGAUACGAGGUGCUCUUCCUGGGCACAGAUCGUGGCACUGUCCAAAAGGUCAUAGUUUUACCCAAGGACCCGAGCACCAUGGAGGAGCUCACCCUGGAGGAAGUGGAGGUUUUCAGGACACGUGCUGCUGUUAAAACAAUGAAGAUCUCAUCUAAAAGGCAACAGCUGUAUGUGUCAUCGGAGGCAGGGCUUACCCAGGUAUCUCUGCAUCGUUGUGGGGUAUAUGGGAGGGCCUGUUCCGACUGCUGUCUGGCACGGGACCCUUACUGCGCCUGGGACGGGGAGAGCUGCUCCGCUUUCACCCCCGCCACCAAGAGGAGGAGCAGAAGACAGGAUGUGAAACAUGGGGAUCCACUGCGACAGUGCAGAGGCUUCAAUGCCAAAGUGGAGAAUCGUCCUAGAGAGACAGUCCAGUUUGGUGUGGAGGGGAGCAGUACCUUCCUGGAGUGUCAGCCUCGCUCUCCUCAGGCUACAGUCAAGUGGCUCUAUCAGAGAGAAGGAAGGAGGAAAGCGCUCAACCGGGACAGAGAGUAUCUGAAGACAGCCCACGGGAUCCUUCUGAAGUCCCUCAGCCAAUCGGAUGCCGGGCUCUACCACUGCCUGGCCACAGAGAACAACUUCAAACACACUGUGGCCCGGGUGUCGCUGCGCAUUCUGGACCGAGACAUCGUGCUGGCCCUCACCUCCCCUGACAACGACCCCAUGACCUCCAACAGCCCUCCCACUGGACGGGGGAGACAACAUGACCCCAAGCAGCAGAGGGUCCCUCCAACCCCCCCUUUCACAGACACCCUGUCCCAGCCGGAGGUCAGGCUGAUCCACCAGUACUGUCAGUCCUACUGGGAGCAGCUGAGGCACAAGCAGCAACAGCCCAAACGCACUUCCAGGAGACACACAGAGAGCCAGGAGCAAGAGCCGGAGGAGCAACAGCCUAAACGCAUCAGCAGAAGACACACAGAGAGCCAGGAGACCCAAGGAGGAUAGAGGACUGGACUUCCAACACCAGCCAGCUAGGACACUCCUGUGGUAGACUACAGAUCCAUGUUUGACACCAAACAUGAGUUUCAUCUCUCUUUGUACAUUGAAUGACAUGUGAUACCGACCCUCACACAACCUAGUAUCUCAGUAUAGAAAUGUAAUAUAUCGAUACGUGUAUAUAUUUUAGGAUCAUAAUAGAUCCAUGGUUUAUUAAUAUUAAUGUUUAUGGUUAUGACAUAAAACAAUUGAUAAACAUUUGCCUUUGCACGCUUUAUUCGGUUGGAAAUGUGUACAUUUUGCUGUUCAGCGUUGAGCGUUAAUGUUUUGGUGUGAUGUACAUGUAUGUGUGUAUUUGUCUACUAAUACCAUAUGUGAUAUUGUAAUUGUGGUGACUCUCUUGUUCUCUCUCACACCUUUGUGACCUAUGUUUGUUUGAGGACUCAUAGCUAUACGGUAUUCUUUGAAUUGUGUGCGUGGACGGUGGUGGAUUGAAAGGGACGUGAGGGAUCUUUCAACAAAACAGAUCAUCUCCACAUGUAGAAGAAUAAGACGGUAAAUCUCAUGUGUGUAUAAUCUCUGUAUUACAUUAUAAUACUACAUUCCAGCCAUAUCAAAUUGUCACUUUUAAUGGGAACAGGUAUAAAGAAGACUGUGAAGAAGACCUCACCAUAUGUUCUAAUGAUAUUGAGCAACAUACUGUAAUGUGUAGUACAGCAACAUACUGUAAUGUGUAGUACAGCAACAUACUGUAAUGUGUAGUACAGCAACAUACUGUAAUGUGUUGUACAGAAACAUAAUGUAAUGUGUAGUACAGCAACAUACUGUAAUGUGUAGUACAGCAACAUACUGUAAUGUGUUGUACGGAAACAUACUGUAAUGUGUAGUACAGCAACAUACUGUAAUGUGUAGUACAGCAACAUACUGUAAUGUGUUGUACGGAAACAUACUGUAAUGUGUUGUACAGAAACAUAAUGUAAUGUGUAGUACAGCAACAUACUGUAAUGUGUAGUACAGCAACAUACUGUAAUGUGUUGUACGGAAACAUACUGUAAUGUGUAGUACAGCAACAUACUGUAAUGUGUAGUACAGAAACAUACUGUAAUGUGUUGUACAGAAACAUACUGUAAUGUGUUGUACAGAAACAUAAUGUAAUGUGUAGUACAGCAACAUACUGUAAUGUGUAGUACAGAAACAUACUGUAAUGUGUAGUACAGCAACAUACUGUAAUGUGUUGUACAGAAACAUGCUGUAAUGUGUAGUACGGAAACAUACUGUAAUGUGUUGUACGGAAACAUACUGUAAUGUGUUGUACGGAAACAUACUGUAAUGUGUAGUACAGAAACAUACUGUAAUGUGUUGUACAGAAACAUACUGUAAUGUGUUGUACAGAAACAUACUGUAAUGUGUAGUACAGAAACAUACUGUAAUGUGUUGUACAGAAACAUACUGUAAUGUGUAGUACAGAAACAUACUGUAAUGUGUUGUACAGAAACAUACUGUAAUGUGUUGUACAGAAACAUACUGUAAUGUGUAGUACAGAAACAUACUGUAAUGUGUUGUACAGAAACAUACUGUAAUGUGUUGUACAGAAACAUACUGUAAUGUGUAGUACAGAAACAUACUGUAAUGUGUUGUACAGAAACAUACUGUAAUGUGUUGUACAGAAACAUACUGUAAUGUGUAGUACAGAAACAUACUGUAAUGUGUUGUACAGAAACAUACUGUAAUGUGUUGUACAGAAACAUACUGUAAUGUGUUGUACAGAAACAUACUGUAAUGUGUAGUACAGAAACAUACUGUAAUGUGUUGUACAGAAACAUACUGUAAUGUGUUGUACAUACUCAGCAUGAGUCCUACACUGGAAACGUUUGAACGGCAAAUAUAAAGAUAUGUGAUCCCAUCAA